AUGAACGCUCGUCAGGUCUUGACUCGAACCACACUUAAGAAUCACAGAAAGGGUGUUCUAUGCAUAGUGAUACAUAAGAAGGAUGAUUCCCGCAAAAAGAAGAAGAAGGAGGAGGAGACAUUAGCCGGCAGCGGUUUCAUCGUUAGGGCUGCUCGAGGGAACAGAAGAGCUCUUGUGAUGACAUGUAAUCAUGUCGCUGCAUAUUUUGUCCCUCCUGGGGACAAGCUAGGCAUUAGAGCACCUGGGUUAGACCAGGAGCUCGAGUGUGAAAUACUCUACCAGGAUACCAAGAAAGACCUAGCGAUUAUCGCUGUGUUUGGAAUGCCUGAGAAUUAUCCGGCUUUGAUAUUUUCCAGUGAGACAACUUUAACGAUUGGAACAGAUGCCGUGUUAGUGGCAUACUACACUCCCGAUAAGUUGGAGGAGACUAACAAUCCUAUUCCCAUUGAACCCGGAGCAUGUCCUGGAAGCAUUGUUGGACCAAAAAUCAGGGAAACAAAAGAAAUGGACUGGAAGGAAAGGAUGAGGCAUGAUUGCAAAUCAAUGAGUGGAUGCUCAGGAGGACCAGUUAUUGCAAAUGGUCGUGUCGUGGGAGUGCAACAAGAUGGUGACGUGCAGCAGGGGUACGCAGCUAAUUUUGUAACAGUGGAGGCUGUUGUGAGAGAAUGGGCUGGCUUGGAAGAUGGACAGGCUGCUGAUAGUACCCUAGAGGACCUGUUCGAGUUGCUGCGCGACUGA